AAUUUCAGUGCGCAUGCGCUUGCUCGCCUCACUCUAGCAUCCUCCGUCCCCCGAGGACCAGAGGCGAGCUCGAGCACCUGCUGAACUGAGCGAGCGAGCCAGUGAGUGUGAGUGGGAGAGAGAUAGAUAGAUAGGGGGAUAAAUAGAGAGAGAUAAGGGCAUAAGAGGAGAGUGAAAAAGAGAGGGAAUAUGGGCUGGUACGCGCGGAGACGAUGCUGAUGGUAAUGAGAAGGACAGCGAGCGUUCUUUCCCCGACAGCACCAUGAGGCUAAACAUCGUCACGCGCGUCCUCGCGCCGCUGCUCUGCUGUGUGCUCUCCGCGCUUCCGGUGAGCUCGAGCGCCUCGCGCGCCGUCUCCUCGCCGCUGUCGGACCUCAAGAGCAAGAUCAGCGGUGUGGAGGAGCUGCUGGAGGAGUUCCGCCAGCAGCUGCAGCACGAGGAGCAGCCUUACGAGCACGAGCAGGAGGAUGAGCAGGAUGAGGAUGAUGAGGGGGAGGUAGGGGAGGAUGAAGAGCGGGAGCACGGGCCCGUGGCGGCAGCCUGCCUCAGCCGCUUCGACUCGGCCGAGUCGCACAUCAUCCGCGCGGCCGUGUCCAUCGAGCGCGGCGCCACCUUCCUGUCCGCUCCGAGCGACGCGCGCGACCCCGCCGACUGCCUGCGCGCGUGCUGCGCCGAGCCGCGCUGCACCGUGGCCGUGGUGGUGCGCGAGGAGCGCGCGGCCCCGCGCGACGGGCCCCGCUGUUACCUCUUCAACUGCACCUAUCGAGGCGCGAGCGUGUGCGCGUACUCGCCGCAGCGCGGCUUCACCGCCUACAGCCGCAACGGCACCACCGCGACCACCGCGCUGCGGAGACCCGCGGAGGAGCAGCAGCAGCAGGAGGAAGAGGACGGAGGAGGAGGAGAGGCCUGGAUGAGAGAUCUAGAUGAACCACCUCGCAGCGAUGCUGGGCAGGAUGUGGUGGUCCAACUGCCUACGGACUGGGCCAUACUGGACGGCAGGGACAGCAUUGAUGACCAUGGCAUCAUGCGAUACGAGUGGUCCCUCGUUAAAGGAGAUCACUCUGUCAAUAUGAAGGUGACCCACCCAGGUCUGCUGAAGCUGAGUGGACUCAGAGAGGGCGUCUACACUUUCCAGCUGACUAUUGUUGACACCAUCGGGCAGAAGAGCUCAGAUAAUGUCUCUGUCACUGUGCUGGCACCUGAACACCAUGCCGAAGUAUGCACUCGACAUUGCACACGAUAUCAGUUCAUGUGUGAUGACGGCUGCUGUAUCGACAUUAGCUAUGCCUGUGAUGGCAAGCAGCAGUGCCCUGAUCGCUCAGAUGAAGACUUCUGCCGGAACUUUGAUGGUGGACGCAAGGCCGUAACUCACACAUCCAGUGCUCCAUCUCUAGUUGGAGAAGCACGAGAAUCAGAGGGCCGAGCUAUGAUUCCUUCAGAACCUCUUAGUGCAGAGACCCCUGUCCAGCCCAAACAACAGCAACAGCAGCCAGCAGUCAGUCAAGAUCCCUGUAUGGAGCCCCCAGUGGUUGGUCCAUGUAGAGGCACUUUCCCACGCUGGUAUUACGACGCCGCAGCAGGAGAAUGCAAGCACUUCUUGUAUGGGGGCUGCAAAGGAAACCGCAACAACUUUCUACAACAGACAGAUUGUGUAAACGAGUGCAUUCAGAAACCAGCUCCAGUGGAUCAGCAAGCCACCGCAGUGCCUCCCCCCACCACACAGGCUACAACAGCUACCAGGACUCCCAGCUCUGAAGCCAAACCCCUGAAUUCUGCGUCAGCAGCCCAGAAUGCUCAACCAGUAGCUAAAGCCCACACAGUGCUGGGGGGGCAGCCGCCACCCGAGUCAGGUGCCAUCCUGCCGCUGGUUCUGGGCGUGAUUAUCAGUGCUCUGCUGCUGUUGAUGGUGGCCUGCAGACUGCGCUUGGUGCGCCACAGGAUGAAGAAAGCUCGACCACUAACCACAGAGGAGUCUGAUUACCUCAUAAAUGGCAUGUACUUGUAGCAGAACACACACCUGUUCAGUAAGCGCGCACACACACAUGCAAAGGUGAUGCAUGUGAUGCACGUUUGUGCAUUUGUGUCUGUGUGUGUUUUCAGAUGUGUAGGGCCUGGGAACAGUUGCAUUUGAAGGCUUAACAUAUCAUUCUGUUUAAAUCUUACAGUUUAAGGACAGAUACUGAUUGGAAAUCAUGCAGAAAGAAAAAAACAUUUAAUGGCAUCAGAAAGAAGUAACAUCUUUUGUCAGCAUUUUUGUUUUGCUUGUAUUGAUUUCAGCUGCUCAGAAAUACCAUCAGUUCAGUACCACAUAAGCCAUCCACUUCCAUCGUUAUAUUCUGGAAGACUCUUUAAAUAAUGAGGAGUAUUUCAGGGUAGAUUACUAGUGAUAUUUUAUAUAUGUGUGAAACAGUAGUUUGUCUCUGUAUCUUUUUUACCUGGAUAAAAACAGAAAACAGUAGAAAAGAGAUACAUGUUCGAAAAGCUGCCCUAAUUAGUUACUUAUUAAUUCUUAAAAUCUGAGGUCAAUGAUUUCAAAGAUGAAGGCCACUGAUUUUUCAAAAACUGCUGACUUAAUUGAGAGAAACUGAAUGUGAAAUGUGCCAGGAUUCUUCACAGAGCUGAUGAAUGGAACCAGAAGCCUGGGAAGUUGAAUGCCUCAAAAAGCUACAUUACAUACAGUUAUUACACGGAAAGAGAAUAAAUACACGGAUUCCUGAGACACAAAGUGUGUUUACAUGCCCUUCAUAAUCCGAUUCUGAUUGAACUACUGAAUUUAUCUGAUUAUUCAAAUAGUCAUAGUCAUACAACAUAAUCUGAUUACUUAGAUCAGAGUAAGGUCUAAAAAUAAGCAAACAGUUAUUUUGGCACUGUAGAUGGUAACAUAUCACAAGGAUUUAAAUAAUCUUCAUCUUCCUACUGAUGUUUGUUUAUAUUGCUAUUUAAUGUUUAAAAAAAACUGAACUUGGGCUUUACAUGAAGUUUACGUCAUAAUUUAUUCUGGGAGAUAAUUGGCUGAUGUGACUGAAUGUGAAAUGGGAUUAUGAAGGGAUUAUGAAUGCAUGUAAACGCACUCUCUGUUUUACUGUUUUAGUUUUGAACAAAGCUUUUGGAAUGUUCAUUCACAUCAGAGACACAUGCAGGGUGCAACCUAGCUCCUAAAUAUGACUUUAUUUUUUAGCAUUUUUUUAACCAUCAUCAACAUUACAUAAAAACUCAGGAGAUGCAUAUAAGUUGAAUGGGGUUUUGGAUAGUAAAAGAAAUGGUGGUACUUGUUGUAGCCAUGAUGUAAAGAAAUGUCCAUCUUUCCAUAUUUCUUUACAGUGAACCCUUUCACACAAAAUAUUUCCAGGUUUAGCAGAAGCAGAAGAUUGUACUUUUUGGAGCUUUUUUUUUUUAGUUUUGGUGAGGUAAUUUAGAUUUUCUGGUUAUUUCAGUUUGUCCCACUGGAGGCACUAGAGUGCUGCUCUUCUAUCUGAUUUCUCUGAUUUCUCGUGGUGGAUCAAACAUUCUAUAAAAUGUAAAAAAUAUUUUCAGAGAUUACCGAUACUCUACUGACCCUUAUCCUCUGCUACAUGAAGUUUCUUGCCAAACAGAGAAUGUGCCUGAUUUUGAACUCCUGGAAAUCCUGAAACACCGAAAUAUUUCUUAGCAGCAACAACCUGAGACACUUUAGUAACUAGUUUUACUCCUGAAAGACUUUGGAGUGGAUUUGUGUUCUGGUCUAGCAUCAGAUAUCCUGCAGUUCACACUGACCAGCAGCAUAUUAUGCUGAUUAAUGGGCAUGAGCCAGAAGCAGCACUCCCACUGGAUUAUUCCCUGACAGAUAUCAUCCAGACAGCUCAGCUCAGUUAGCUCAGUAUGUACUGCAGGAAGUCUGUUUAUUGGACCACAGAACCACAUUUUUCCAUUUCUUUGUGAAUGUUGAAGCCCAGUCUGUUUUCACUGGCCAGUGCUACUUGUGUGAUCUACUCUCUACUCUAUAGCUACCCAGUGUACUGUAAAUGUGUUGCUUUACUUCCAAACUGUAAACUAUGUAUGCAUAUCUGUGGAAAUGUCAAAUUAUAUUUGAAAAAAAUAUAUGAUUUUAUUAAUGCUC